CAGACAUCAAGGUGACCCACCAUGCAAUCUGCAGUUUUGGACAGGCAGGACGUGCAGAAAUACUAAUAGUCUCAGAACUCUUGUAGGAAGCUCACCUGGAACUCCCCCCGAAUUAUGCGCAACAUUGCCUUUAUGUCAUACAUUUGUACAUCGGGGGGGCUUCGCAGAAUCACAAUUCAUCACGGACAGCACAUAAGAUGUGCCAGAGCCUGCUUCAGAUCUGCCUCGUGGAAAACAAUCAGUUGGAGGCUUGGGCAGUUGGUACAGUAUGUGGGCUUGAAUCGGCGCGACUCGCUUCAGCACAAAGAAUGUCAUUCUGACUUUGUUGAGUUCAAUUUUCUUUGUGGUGCAUGGGAGUCUCAAGACAGAUGUUCAAGACACUGGGCAUUGCCUGCCAUGCAAACAUCAUGGAAUGAAACAGUUGGUUGGGCAUAGAACGCAUCCCGCAGCCCUUCAACUCAGAGUUCAGAUUCAUCAUCACAGGAAGUUCCGCAGCAACUUCCGUAGGGUUGAAGUGGCCGAGUGAUACUGCGUGCGCAUGGUUGAAGUGCCUGCUGAGCUGUGCACAUGGUGCAUAAAGUGGGUGUAGCGACUGUGCUUGGAGGAGCCUGUGUGCUUGCAGGUCUUUUCCAUUGGUCAAAUCUUGCUCUAACACCUAGGUUACAAGUUAAAAGAUGUUCGACCAAGUCACCACGGGAAGUGGAAGGUCUAAGCCUGGCAAAGCUUGAAGGAUUGGCACAAGACCUGGAAAGAAGGUAUAUACAAACAGGAAAGCUGAAAGGUGGCGUGCUGGCAGUGGUGCGAGCUGGAAAGGUGGUUGGAAUUUGGGAGUUUGGGGAGUACAACUCUGAGACAGUCUUCAAAUUCUUCUCUAUCUCCAAGGACAGACGGAGCGUCACAUCCGCACGACAUUUGUCUAUGGUGCCGACCCGGCUUUGUUUCACAAAUUGUAUACUUUGGACCCAAGUAAUGUGAGAUACUUUGGGUCCAGAAUAAUUUGCGGCUGCCCAGCAGUCUGCACAGAGAGAGAGAGAGAGAAUUUCUUCUAAGGAGAAGGGCGUUUCAUUAGAGACUCCGGCGGGUGUCUCAGCUCAAAAGAGAACAGAGCGCCGAGUCAAGAUUCUGAGAUCAGCUCCCUGGUGCCUGAGUGGCCGGCCGAUUUGCAUGACGAGUCAGGCGAGUUGGAUAGAAUAAGCACGAUAACAAGCAUUGUGUGAAACUUCAGUAGUCACGAUCAAAACGGAAUGAAUAGAGUCGGAAUAUGUCGGAAUGGCAUUUGAUGAGGCCAUUUGCAGAGUUUCUUUUGAUGCACCGCCGCGCUGUCAAAGCGAGUGUUUUCACGAAGCUUCUGUGCGCUUGCCACGUACAACACAUAGCUGCCAUAGCUAUCCGC